GUAACCGCAGUGUUUAUCCGGCAAGCGCCAUUAUUUCGAUUGAUUGUGAAAAACGUGUUCAGCUGCAUAUUGAAUUGUUGAAACGAAAUCAUUGGACUAAACUCUGAAAUUGGAGGGCUUUAUACUCUAGCAUUAUGACUGAAGAAGUUAAUCCAAAAGCUUACCCUUUAGCUGAUUCAACUUUAACCACUAAAAUUUUGAAUCUGGUACAACAAACUUCUAACUAUAAACAGUUAAGAAAGGGUGCCAAUGAAGCUACCAAGACAUUGAACAGAGGAUUAGCUGAGGUAAUCGUUAUGGCUGCAGAUGCAAAACCUCUUGAAAUCCUUUUGCAUCUGCCUCUUCUUUGUGAGGAUAAGAAUGUGCCAUAUGUAUUUGUGAAAUCAAAACAUGCUCUUGGUAGGGCUUGCGGUGUUUCACGACCAGUCAUUGCAUGUUCCAUUAUAGCCAAUGAAGGUUCGCAGUUGAAGCCCCAAAUACAAGUCUUGCAGCAAGAGAUUGAGAAACUGCUUGUUUAAAUGUACAUAAGUUUUUAUCAUUCUUCAUACUGUAUUAUACAUAACAUUUGUUAUUAAAAAAAUUAACUCUUAAAA